AUGGGUAAUUUCACUAUGAAUGGGUUUCUACUGUUGGAAUUUUCUGCCACAGCUGAGCUAGAACUCGUCCAUGCUUCUCUGUUCUUAGUCUUAUAUGUGGUGGCUUUAACAGGAAAUCUCCUCAUUAUCACUGCAACUUCCAUGGACAGUAGUCUCCAGUCACCCAUGUAUUUCUUCCUGAAACAUCUCUCCUUUCUGGAUCUGUGCUACAUUUCCGUGACUGUGCCAAGGUCCAUUUACAAUGCUUUCACACAGAGUGGCUACAUUUCCCUGGGGGAAUGCAUAGUGCAGUGUUUUGCUUUCAUUCUCUUUGCGGCUGCUGAGAUGUCCAUGCUCACAGUGAUGUCCUACGACCGCUACGUGGCCAUCUGCCUUCCAUUGCGCUACGAAAUCAUCAUGGAUGUCCGCACCUGUGUUCACGGGGUGAUAGGCGUCUGGAUCAGUGCAGUCAUUAUUGGAACCAUGCACACAGCUGGCACUUUCUCCAUCCACUUUUGUGGUUCCCAUAUCAUUCACCAGUUCUUCUGUGACAUCCCCCAGCUCCUGAAACUCUCUUGUUCUAAUGAGUAUAUAAAAGAGUUGGGGGUCUCUUGCUUUGUAGCUAUUAUGGUCUUUCUUUGUGUUUCCUUAAUUGUAAUGUCCUACAUCCAGAUAUUCUCUACUGUGCUGAGGAUGCCAUCUGCAGAGGGCAGAGCUAAGGCCUUUUCCACUUGCCUUCCCCACCUCGCUGUGGUCAUUUUAUUUAUUUCAACAAGCUUCUUUGAGUUUCUCAAGCCACCUUCUGACUCUCCAAAUGCACUGGACAUUUUGCUCACUAUUAUGUACACAGUUGUGCCUCCAACACUCAACCCAAUGAUCUAUAGCCUGAGAAAUCAAGCCAUAAUGGCAGCCUUAAGAAAGGUUUUUCAAAUGAGAAAAUCUGAUCUCUUUUGUUGA